AUGGAGUCCACAGCCCCCGCGGAGCUGCGUCUGCGGUACCCGAGGCUGCCGGAUGACUUGCAGGUGCCGGCAACUUGUCUUUAUUUUAGCACCUACGAAGCCGUCAAGACACGGCUGCUGCGCCUUUCGCGUAACCCCGGGGAUCCGCAGCAAAUAGCAGCAGAAUGCAGCUUCACCAGGGCGCUGCUGCUCGAUUCAGUUUGCGGAUUUACUGCAGAAGCUGUUGCCUGUCUUCUCUACCUCCCCAUGGACGUGUGCAAGGAACGCCUGCAGGUAUAUUCAGCAAUGCAGCCCGAAGUUGCCAAGAAGAGGAGACCCACUCUUGCUGACGUCAUGCGAAUGGGUGGCUUGUCUGGGCUGUAUAGAGGCUACGGCGCCACUCUGCUUUCUUUUGGCCCUUUCAGUGCCCUCUUCUUCACCCUCAACCACCAAUUCGGCAAGGCAGCCAACAGCCUGAUGCUGCCGUCAGAGGUCAAGAUGACAUCACCUUCCUCUUCUCUCCCCUGCAAUCCUUUCGUGGCGGCGUCUGUAGCGGGGGCGGCUGCUGGCUGCGCGGCCUUUCUGACGGCGCCACUAGACAAAGUGAAGCUCAGGCUGCAAGUUCAGGUGGAGGCUUCUACAGGCAGUCGGCCCCCGUUUUUCUACAAACAUUUUUUUCAUGGUCUAAUUUCUCUCUACAAGUCUGAAGGACUGGCAGGAUGCUUCGCAGGCGUUGGCGCGCGAACUAUGUUUCACUCAGCUUCUCUCUUUAUGACUUUUCUCUUCAUGCAAAACGCCCGCAACGCCUACUGUCGUUAUUUUGAGGCUUGA